UGAUCGACGGCGCGCAAGGAGUGGUAGUUGCGCUUACACACCCUUAUAGCAUUCUGUCAAUCCUAACUCUCUCAGGUAUACACGCACUGCUCUGCGCCAACAAGAUGCUCGAAUAAAAAUAAACAAAAGACUGUGCUGAGAGCCGAACGAACGUCCUCGCGGAUUACGCUAUCGUAGUGUGCGCUGCGAGUCGCGAUUGUCCGUUGUUACGAGUAUUACCAGGAAGUACAUCUACUGUUAUGUCAGAUCGGGAUAGAGACUACAUAGGUUUUGCUACCUUGCCCGACCAAGUUCAUCGUAAGUCAGUGAAAAGAGGCUUUGAUUUCACGCUUAUGGUGGUAGGAGAAUCGGGGUUGGGAAAAUCAACCUUGAUAAACAGCCUAUUCCUUGAGGACCUAUACAAAAACAGGAAAAUUCCGGAUGUCAGCGAGCGUAUCCACAAAACAACAACCAUUGAAAAGAAAACGAUGGAAAUUGAAGAAAGAGGUGUCAAACUGAGGUUGACAGUGAUUGACACACCAGGAUUUGGAGAUGCAGUCAAUUGUGAGGAUAGUUGGAAAGUGUGCAUCAAUUAUAUUGACGAGCAAUUUAGGCAAUAUUUCACAGACGAAAGUGGACUAAAUCGAAGAAACAUACAAGACAAUAGGGUACACUGUUGUUUGUACUUCAUUCCGCCUUGGGGCCAUAGCUUGAGGCAAAUGGACCUCGAGCUCAUGAAAAGACUGCAUCGUAAAGUAAACAUAGUUGUAGUUAUAGCCAAAGCGGACUGUUUAACUACUGCAGAAGUUGCCAAACUGAAGAAAAAUAUCUUGAGCGAUAUAAGAGAACAUGAAAUUCAGAUGUAUGAGUUUCCUGAAUGUGAUAGUGACGAAGAUGAAGAAUUCAAGCAACAAGAUAGAGAACUGAAGGCUAGCAUUCCAUUUGCAGUAGUUGGCAGCAAUGUUACUCUAGAAAUUGCAGGAAAGAAAAUUAGAGGAAGGCAGUAUCCUUGGGGAGUUGUAGAUGUCGAAAACCCCAAACACAGCGAUUUCAUAAAGCUCAGGACAAUGUUGAUCUCAACUCACAUGCAAGACUUGAAAGAUGUCACAGAAGAUGUGCAUUACGAAAACUUCAGAGCCCAAUGUAUUUCACAGAUAUCUCAGCAUGCUAGGGAACGAGGGUAUGUAGGAUAUAACAGAGUUAAUUUUGGAUGAAGCAUCGAUGAUUUUUAUUUGCUUCUUUUUUACAGGAAACUAAAAAGGGACUCAGCCCCGUACGAAUCCGAUAUAUCUGAAACAGACAGGUUGCUAAUUCAAAAAGACGAAGAGGUAAAUGAUUACUUUUAAGCAAAGAGUUAGGAAAAUGCAGAACAGUGUGAAACGUUUUUCCAGACAGCGAAUGGAAAUAUCCCAUCAGAAAGAAAACUAACCGAGUAAAAAUAUUAUCUCUUCACAAAAUAUUUUUGAGAAAAAUAUUUCUUCUGUAAAUAUAAAAGUUGCGGUGGUGAUUAACCCGCUUAAAAUACAUAACAGAAGUGGUGCCAAGAGAGCCAGCGUCGAUACUGGGUGUUCCGUUGACACCCCAUGCCAUCACGCCAGAUCUUACGUCGGAAUAUCUAUAGUUUAUUCACUGAAACAAAGCAGUUACAUCAUAUUUAGUAAAUUUGAAUGCCAACUUUAAUGCAAAAUAGAUCCUGAAUUGGUACAUAUAGUUUGAAUUUCCAGGGAACAUUUAUGUUGAUAACAGUUUUCUGUGUUGUGACAUUGUCGCAAAGCUUGCCAGGUAAUUACUCCAACGGCUCUUGUUUAUUUGCGGUUUAUUUUCGCUCUUUUUGCCUCAAUAUUAUUUUUUUCAAAACUCCGAGGUGUCCUUUUAAGCAUUUUGCUAAAAUGCCGAAACCUCUGGGUUGGCAAGCAAACGAAUUCAUCAUUUCUUUGACGAAAUAUUUUGAGACCGAACGAGAUCAUGGAGC